AUGGCUCGUGGACCAAGGAAGCAUCUGAAGCGUCUAGCAGCUCCAAAGCAUUGGAUGCUGGACAAACUCGGAGGAGUAUUCGCUGUUCGGCCACGAUCUGGACCACAUAAGCUGAGAGAAUGUCUUCCAAUCAAUCUCUUCCUUCGCAACCGUCUGAAGUACGCUUUGAACUAUUCUGAAGUGAAGAAGAUUAUGCGCCAAAGGGUCAUCAAG